AUUUUCCCGUUAGAUCCGACCAACUUAGAAGAAAGGUGUGUAGAUAGCGUAUACACACUAUCUAUGCCGUCAUCAGAUCUAUUACACCAACGCAUGUUAUGGAAGAGGAAAGGGCGACGAAAACGGUAAAAUACAUAAUCAUUUCUCUGUUACGAAAUAGUUAAUUUCGUCCUCGUUGCUGUUAGCCCUAUAGCCUCCUCGAUAGCGCCAAUGUAUUUUACUUUAUGAUCUUGUUGGUCAGAGCUCUUGCUUAAUCCCUGUUACCUUUUACAUCGACGUUUUUCCGCCGAAACAGUCAGUCGCCAGGAUAGUAACGGCGUUGGUUGUCCCGCUCAGGGAUCAGCGUCAUCAUUAAGAGCCGUGCUGUAUCCUUGUGGCAUUCCCGUUGCCAUCAAUGUCCGUCGACUUUUCUGUGCAAUCGACAGGCCGCAGGCAGGCAGAGAGACAGACACACACCGAACGGCUUCAGAGAGUGGUUCGUUCCUCUGACCAACAGCAACACUAGUUGCCUCAGCAACGGCAGCUGUCGACGGGGCCAACAGUAUUAACGAAAGCCGCAGUCAUCGCCGCCAUCAGAUGCCCGAUAGCGACGGCCAGGGUGGGCGGCUUCUCCCACAACCCUCAAUCGCUUCCACCCACUCAACUAGUGGUACUGUGAACUGCCCUGAUAGAAAGCAUCGAGAAGACUGACCAUCCAAAACAUCCUGGCUAAUCGAGAAUUAAUCAUCAACAGAGCUGUGAAAACGCGCAACGGAAAUGCCAGCUAAAAAGAAUAGUUUGGGUUGACGUUCGUAGUGGUGCUAGCGUUCGCCAGGAAUCGAUUCUCGUGCAGUGAGCGGUGCAUAAUUGGUCGUUUGACCGGCGGGUCGCUGGCUGAGAGCUAGAAGUUCGUUUGUGCGGCUACCGCCCACCUAGGCCAUCAAGCCGCAGAACAGGACCGGAACCUACUGCAAAAACAUCGCAACGGCCACAUCGUCACGUAACGUUCCGAGGAAGAACGCGGGCAGCCUGAAAACGUCGUCGCUGUUCGUGCCACGGAUCGCAGACGCACCGUCCCAGUUGUCAACACGGAAAAUAUGGGCAUAGACUGAUCUCCCGUAGUGGAGAUCGAGGCGCCAAGAACAAAGAAGGAAUGUGAUUUCUGAUGAGAGCUUCUUCUGAUGUGUGUUCAUAAUAUUGCAGUUGGAUCUGAGCCGCGCCGCAAUCCCGGAGUUACAACAACAAAGAUUGGCCGUAGCAUUGACAGAAUAAAAGCUCGUUAACGUAGUGCUUCUGACUUGCAACGAUGAAGAACGGCAUAUCAAGAGUGCAUCGAUAUGAGAAGAUCGCACGAUUCGUGAGGGCACUACUGCUGUGCGUCGCUACCGUAUGGAUACCUCUUGCUCCGGGAGUAUGCGGAGAGGGCCGGCUAAUCAUCGAGCCUGAAGGCGAAAAUCACACACAACCUGCCGAGCAGGGGUUUGCGUUAUUCUGUAAAGCCGGUCCAGGAGAAGGAGAUUAUGCCAACUUUCGCUGGAUAGGGCCUCAGCUUCAGGAGUACAGCGCCAUUGGAGCUAUCCACACAAUCGACUCUGGCUCGAAUCUAAUUUUGUCUUUCGAGAAGCCAACACCUGAAAACUCUGGCAAAUAUGCAUGCGUCGCUACGUACGCCAACACAGACGAGGUGCGAGCCGUAGUAAAGCUCACUUUUUUCCAUGAUAUUAGCUGGGAUGACUGUCCACUCAAACAGAACCUCGUUAUCGGCAGAGAAGGGACCAUCCGUUGUGCUGUACGAGGGAACCCCGUCCCUACCGUGACAUGGUUGAAGGACGACAUCUCAGUACGGAACGAGCCUCGCUACGAGGUGCUUGCAUCGGGUCUAAAGGUCAAAGACGCACAGCAACAGGAUCGUGGCAAAUUUAUUGUUUCAGCGAUGGUAACUGCAACUGGCAAAUAUCAACGCAAGGUAAUUACCGUCGACGUGCUAACGCCGCCGAAAAUUAACGAUUUACCUGAAGUGGCCGAAGUAACGGAAGGCGCAGCCGGCCGGCUGCACUGUUCCGCAAAUGGGUAUCCACAACCAUUGUACUACUGGACGGAUUUCCCCGGACGCAAUCUCUCGUCGGUGGUCGGUUUUCGCGUGACACCAGAGACAGGCGUCCUCGAGAUUACGCACGUGGCACGUGAAGACGAAGGCGAAUAUUCGUGCCAUGCCGUCAACCCUGCCGGUCAGGACGUGGCGCAGAUUCGGGUGGACGUCAUUGUGCGGCCCAAGAUCGUCCUGUUCGAGAAUAAGACAACCGACGCACUAUCAGAAGUACGGCUGGAAUGCCGCGCCGAAGGCAAGCCUAAGCCUGAUAUUGCUAUACGAAAGGAGGGCGCGCUAUUGUCCUUGUCACCAGAGGAUUCUGCGGUGUUCUUCACGCGACGCACCGAGGGCUUCGAGAACGUGUUGCAGGUCAUGAUUCGUCCCGUGAGUCGGCAGCACGACGGGCUCUACUACUGCUCUGCGGAGAACAAGGCCGACAAAGUUGAGCGAGUGGGUCAUUUGACCGUAAAUUUCCCGCCAGAGUUGGUCGCCCGUCAGAACCCCGUGAUGACAUGGGAUGCGAAUCCCGCUACGCUCAGCUGCCAUAUUUCGGCUAUUCCGAACGCCACUGUCGAGUGGUGGUUCCGUGGGCAAAUGGUGCGUCCGCGGGCAGGCUUCUUCACACUGGACGAGGCGCCCGCUCUGUCCACCCUUACCGUAACCGACCUCGUACCUGACCGCUUCGGUAUCUAUGAUUGCAAGGCUAAAAACAAGCUUGGCGAAAGCACGCUGCGUAUUGGACUCCAACAGGCACGUCGACCUGAUAAGCCUCAAUUGCCGAUCGUACUUCGAGUAUCAGCAACAACAGUAACAUUAGAGUUCCAGCGACCUGUUGAUGAUGGUGGUAUGCCAAUUAUCGAGUACAUUAUUCGAUGGUGGAUGGAAGGGACAGACGAGGCAUUGGCGUUCGACAAGAAACAAGGUGAAGUGAUGGGCAAGCCAAUCACAAUCGAUCGUCUCAUGCCACGUACUAAGUACAAUUUUAAAUUUAGCGCACGCUCGCAGGUUGGCGAGGGCCCGCCGUCCGACAUUCUGCCCGUGUACACGAACGAAGAGAGUGUACCGGACGCGCCGCUAAUUUUGACGCGCGCCAAUUUCAGCGUAUACCCUACACGCUACGAUUUACAGUGGGCGAUGCCCCUGUCGAACGGGAAGGAGAUUCAGUACUUCCGCGUUACUUAUUUCCAGGUGGAGAAGUACGGUCCCACUGAGUUCCGUAAGUCGCACUCGAGCAGAGAACGUGAGAUCAUCGUGGACACGUGGACGAAUCUAAUCGGUGUCGAGUUAACCGGGCUCAAACCCGAAAGCUAUUACAAGGUGCUUGUAGAGGCGUACAACGAGUUGGGCUUCAGUCAUCCGGCGGAGUUCGUCUUUCAGACAGCUCGCGGCGAUGGUAUCAUCGGAGCGUUUCCCGACCAUCCGGGUCCCGUUGAGCUACCGCAUUUCGCCUUCACAAUGCCUCUAAUCAUUGCUACGACACUGCUGUUGUCCUUUAUGCUAUUGAUUUUUCUCGACGUCAUCUGCUACUUCAGAUUCCAGUGGGGACUGCUCUACUUCCUAAGACACCUGCUGUGCUCAAGAGGUCCUAUGUAUACUAAGUCUCUAGCCUAUUAAGCUAUGUAUAACAUCUACUGUAACAUUCCAAUGUAUCUACGCAUGUAUUAUGGUAACUAUUAAUGCCGAACGACGAUGUACUUAUGAUAUUCAAACACAAUUGCAGCCCGUCCUUGCCACAUCAACAAGUAUUACAUAAUGAAGCCAGUUUAUAGUUGGGUGAUGGAGAGACUCAAUCAAAUCGACAGAACUUCAAAACCGGCUACAUUAAGUCACUCUACGCCAAGUAAGAUGAAAAAAAAAACGUGGAAGCAUCCGUAUA